ACGGGAACCCAGAAGAUGACAUACGACUCCCAGGGUGCCUCGCCAUUGGCUGCGCCGCCUGGGGCGCUGGGAUCUGUAGUGCGAAGGGUUCUGUGUGGUGCGCGCUCUGCUCUGCCUGCCGCUCCUCAUCGACGUCGCGGGGCUCGAUUGGCCAGCCGCGAGCCAAUCAUAAAGGCGCGCGCUCUGCGGGGGCAGCCUCAGAGUGCCCGGGGCGCGCGCUGGCGAGGCAGCCGCAAGAGACGCGCUGAGCGUAUGUGUUCACAUCUGGAAUUAGGAUCUUUCUCUGUGGCAAUGUGGACAAUUGGGCUUGGAGCCAUUGGGGCUGCUGUGACAGGGAUCAUCCUUGCCAAUACAGAUUUAUUUUUGUCUAAAGCAGAACAGGCCUCGCUGGAUUUUCUGGAGGCAAUAGAUUUGAAGACUAUUGGAGAAGGAAACCAAAGAACCUUCAAAGCAGAAGAACUAUGGAAGAAGAAUGGUGCAGUCAUCAUGGCAGUGCGUCGGCCUGGAUGAUUUUUAUGCAGAGAGGAGGCUGCUGAGCUGUCCUCUCUGAAGCCUCAGCUUGACAAGCUGGGGGUCCCUCUCUACGCCGUUGUGAAAGAGAACCUUGGGACCGAAGUGAUGGAUUUCCAGCCAUAUUUUAAAGGGGAAAUAUUUCUGGAUGAAAAGAAAAUGUUCUAUGGCCCUCAUAAGAGAAAGAUGCUAUUCAUGGGCUUUAUUCGCUGCAGCGUGUGGAAGAAUUUCUUUCGUGCCUGGAAGGGUGGAUAUACUGGGAACAUGGAUGGAGAAGGUUUUGUUCUGGGAGGAGUUUUUGUGGUUGGUCCUGGAAAACAGGGAGUUCUGUUAGAGCACCGUGAGAAGGAAUUUGGAGACAAAGUGAGCCUUGACGCUGUCCUUGAGGCUGUUAAGAAGAUCCAGCCACAACCUUCGGAACAGAAAUAAAAUUACAUGCUACCCUCUUAGUAUACAUGGGUGUAAGCUCACAUUAGGCUCUAAAAGCUUCUGAAAUACCAGCAGCAUGAUGUCCAGCUAUAAGGGCUGUGUGCUACUUUUGGCAUCAGAUACCCAAUGAUUCCUUCAGUCUUUUUUUUACUGGAUUAAUGAAAGGCUUGGUCUGAAAUUUUAAGAUCCAGCCAAGAUGGUUUCCAGUUCAAACAAAACUGCCAGGUUUUAUCUGGGUAUCUGUAUGGAGAAAGAUGGCGGAAAACUAAUAAACACUACAUUCAAAAUUAUUACAGAA